GAUGAAUCGUCAUUUAGUUCAGAGCCUUUGAAGAAAACAGUUCUAGUUUUAAAGUCGGCUUAAAAUCAUCAAAAUGCUCGUCAAAGUGUCCAGGUUCUUGACCAUAAUAUUAGUAUUUGUUUCAGCCGGCGAAGCAUCCAAGUAUUUAGCUGAAAAACCCGACUUUCUUACACCUUGCGUAGAGGGGGAUAAUCCUUGCCUAACCAGCAACUUUCAGUCUUUCUUCCGCCAGUGGAAGGAUGGCAUUCCUGGCAACAAUGCCGUGGGAUCCUUUGAUCCUCUCUACAUAAAGCGUGUGAAAUUUUCGCAGGACGCUAACAAUGCUAUAGCCAUUAAUGCAGAUCUGAAGGAGGUCUACGUAGCUGGAGCUGGCCAGGCGAUAGUCAAGGAGGCCAGUUACAAUAACUAUGUGGCCAAGGCUUUGAUUACGGUGCCCAAACUGCGAUUUAAUUUCGACUACAAGGUGAAAGGACAUGUGGUUGCCCUUAAUCUUAAUGGCCAUGGAUCGGGCUACUUUGAAUCUGAAAAUGCUUUGAUUUAUUUGGAAAUGGCGGUGAAGCCCCGCACAUCACCCGAAGGCAUUUUCGCGGACGUGCAAAGUGUUAAGGUUAGUUUCCGCGAAAUCAAACAAUUCCGCAUCAAGCUGGAGAAUCUUUUCGGAGGCAACAAGGAUCUGGAGGACACUGCCCACACGCUUUUCAACGAGAACUGGAGGGACUUUUACGAGGUACUACGUCCUGCCGUGGAACAAACUGUUUCGGGAGUGCUUCUAGAUCGCUUCAAGAAGACAUUUAACUUCGUGCCAGCCACCUACUUGAUCAAAGACUUUCACUAAGAAGAUUUAAAACAGGUUUAAGAAAUAUAAUCAGAUUUUAUAAAGGCUUCUAAGUCUAAUAACCUCUUGAUUAUACUUUUUAUAAGAAACUUGAAUUAGGUUAGCUAUUACGCUUUGAAACAAUUCUAUUUGUUGACUGUCAAUAAAAAUUAGAAAAAAAAACUCAAAAUGACUUAACUUUUUCGGUGAUAUCUCUUCUGUCAUUAGACUUAAGACAAUGAUGCUGUAUAGUCGCAUGUUAAGCCAGGAAAUAGGUGAAAUAAAAGUUUAUAAAUAUGAAAA